AUGCAAAAAUGCGUAAUAUAUGCCGUUGACCACAAUUAUUUGCAUGUAGGAAAAAACGGAAGACGUCUUAGAGAGCACCAAUUGUGUUGUUUCGCUCCAGCGCAGCUAUAGCGCGACUCAAUCCGAAAUACUAAAACGUGAAGGACAAUGGAAUGCCACCCAAGAGGUUCUAGCAAAAAACAACAAAAUUUUAAGUGUCUUGAAGGUGUAAGUUUAAAAAAAUCACAAAAUAAUUCCAUAUAAGAUCUGCGAGGAAUCUGCACAAUAUUUUAGCAAGCAUUCAGACAGAUGGUCAAGUUGUCAUUGACGACAACCCACAAAACAACCUGAAACGAGUGAGUUGACCCAAAGUCUCAACAAAUUUCAACUAAAUUCAUUUCGAGUUUUUGUGCACCUCGAAGUUAUAGAUAUCUUAUACCGACGCGGCCAACAUACGUUCUAAAACCGAUGAUGAGCAAAAUAAGCGAGGCUCGGCCGAAAGGAAUUAAAUUACACGUGAGAUUGUUGCCAGGUCAAGCAUCGCGUAUUUGUCAAUUUAAUGCUUUGCUACGAAAUCUAUGCAAGAAUCCCUCAGUAAAUAGGGAAUUAAUCCAGUUUUCAUACAAACUUCCAUCAAAAAACGAAGGUCAGAAACCCAUGACAUAGUUCAGCAACUUCAGUUAGUUUACGUCAACGAGUGGUUAGCUCGAAGCAGACAUAUAAUUCCCCACACUGAAAAGUAAACUGAUAUUCUUAGUGGUAGAUCGAGUUUAUUUGUGGUGUGCAUGUGACCCUGUUUGCCUACACUAUAGGUUAAAGAGUAUCUUCUCUCACUCGAGGACUUGGUAGCGACACUCGAGCGGAAGACGGGAGACUGA